UCUUCUGGUGCGGCCGGAGAGCGCAAAAGUUAGCUGCUCUCAGACCCUGAAGCGCACACCAUCUCUGGCUCACGCAGCUCCUCGAAUUUAACUUCACUGCGCGGGGGAGGGAAAAAAUUGAGUUUAUUAACAUCUCCCGGUGAAUGUUCCAGCCAUGGACGCAUUUCGAGUCAUUACGAUAUAUCUGGGCCUCCUCCUUGUUUUCCUUGGGAAUAUACCGUGUUUCCAGUCUGCUGCUAUCAUCUCUCCCUCUGCGCCGAGGAGGAACAGGGGUGCCAGGAUCCCACACCAGGAUGGACAAAGCUCUUCCAAAUUCCUAAAAGACAUCUUCGCGUCCUCUCAUCCUGUCGCGGGACACCACAAAGAAGAUCUAAAGGACGCUAUUGUUCCGCAUGAGUACAUGCUCUCCAUAUACAGGACAUACUCUGCUGCAGAGAAACUCGGACUAAACGCCAGCUUUUUCCGCUCUUCUAAAUCUGCCAACACCAUAACAAGUUUUGUGGACAGAGGAACAGACGAUCUUUUGCACUCUCCUCUGCGAAGACAAAAGUAUCUGUUUGAUGUCUCAACCCUUUCAGAAAAAGAGGAGCUGGUCGGGGCGGAAUUAAGGAUAUUUAGGAGAGCGCCCGGGGAUUUGCAGACUUCCCUGCAGAAGACGGGCCUCUACGACAUUCAGCUCUACCCCUGUCGCUCAGACAAGCUGCUGGACUCCAGGUCCCUGGACCUGCUGGAUUCCACGAAAGCCGGCUGGGAAGUGCUGGACGUGUGGGAAGUGUUUAAAGCGCGCCAGCAUCAUUAUCACCACCCCCAUCGCUCUCGUCACUAUCAGCAGGAGAACCAGCUUUGCCUCCAGCUAAGGGUCACACUGGGCAAAUCGGACACCGAGGUCGACCUGAGGCAGCUGGGGCUGGACAGGAGCGGCCGGUCCCAGCAGGAGAAGGCCAUCUUGGUGGCCUACACCCGCUCCAAGAAGAGGGAGAACCUGUUCAACGAGAUGAAGGAGCAGAUCAAGUCGCGGAGGUCGGUCAGUGAGAAGGAAGUGAAGGUGGCAAAGGAGGAGGGGGUAUCUCCGCUGACUGGGGCCAAAGGAGAAGGGCCCAGGCGGCGGAGGAGGACGGCGCUGGGCAACCGGCACGGGAAGCGGCACGGGAAGAAAUCCAAAUCCAGGUGCAGCAAAAAGGCUCUGCACGUGAAUUUCAAAGAGCUUGGCUGGGACGACUGGAUCAUUGCACCCCUGGAUUACGAGGCUUACCACUGCGAGGGGGUGUGCGACUUCCCCCUGAGGUCGCACCUGGAGCCGACCAACCACGCCAUCAUACAGACGCUCAUGAACUCCAUGGACCCCAACAGCACCCCGCCCAGCUGCUGCGUGCCCACCAAACUCAGCCCUAUCAGCAUCCUGUACAUAGACUCGGGCAAUAACGUGGUGUACAAACAGUACGAGGAUAUGGUGGUGGAGCAGUGUGGGUGCAGGUAGCGGCCAUUAUUGUGAAAAAACAAAACAAAAAACAACAACAGAAGAUUGUUAAAGAUACUCUCAGUGGGUUCAAGGCUGAAGGUAGAAAGUCCUCAUGGGUCUCAAAGCGUUUUGACGCAUGAUGCGCCUUGUUUUUAUUCAAAAGGGAUGCGCGCGCGCGCGCGCACACACACACACACACACACACACACACACACACACACACACGAGGCCAUAUCUUUUAUUUAUUCAGACUCAGUCGCAUUAAAUUUCACUCUCUGCCUUAAAGUGUUAAGCACAAUAUUUCCCAACUAGGCGUCAAGUAUCAUAAAAUAGAUUUUUCUUGUUGUUUUUUUCCCAAAAAGUGCGAUGUGUCCACAUGGCACGAGGAGAAGGGCGUUCUGAUUGAGAUGGGGGGAACUAUUAAGUCCGACUGCGCACAUGUGCGUGCCGAGGACAGCGGGCUUUGCCUUUAAGCAGCGCUUUGUUGUAGCGUGUGAUCCUGGCAGCCUGGCCGGACUCUUUUGGGUAUGUGCAUCCAGGCCUCAAAUGUAACUGUCCAGCUGGAGUCAUUACAGGCCCGAGCAAGUGCCCGUUGUAAAAAAAAAAACAAAUAAAUAAAAAAAAAAUGAAGGGGUUGAUCUAAUCUACCAAACACAAACACAGACUGGUCUGAGGAGAGGUGAUAAGACGGUGGUCGUGAUGGUGGUGGUGGUGGCAAUGCCUUCAAAGAGAUUUCUUGUUUUUCCUUACUGGAGACCAUCUGAAAGGCGCUGGGAGAGGGCGCAUUUACGGACAGAAAGGACACAAAAUCAGACUUAAUGCGUGAAUGAAAGAAAAAAAGAAAGAAAGAACACAUAACUGAGGCGUAAUUUCAAGCUCAAAAGUCGGCAUCUUUACAAAAUGCACUUCCACAACUGACUGCGCCAAGGACAUGUGGUCAGCUGAAUUCGUCUUCUCUGAUGACGAAAAAACAAAAUAUUAAAAAAAGACAAGAAAAAGAAAAAGGACUCGCAAACGAGACGUUAUUUAAAUGCACAUUAGCUUUGAAUGCACUGCUGUUCGUUUUCUUUUUGUUUGUUUGAGUUGUAAAUACUUGUACAGUCCCCCGCCCCAAAAGAACUCUACAAAGUGCAACGAAUGAAGAAAUGAGAAAACGGCAUUUCUUUGUAAAUGUACAAAAAUGCACUCAAAUCGGUAUAAUUUCUAUUCUAUAAUUAUUUUAUUAUUUGUGAUGUACAGAGUUUUCAUGAUAAUCAUAUAUUUCUUACGUGGAUAAGAGUAAUUUAAGGUGUAUUGAUAUUUUGCAGAGGGUGGAAAAUACCAUUAUUAAUGUCUACCUCAUAAUUGCAUAUAGGAGGUGCAUUCAGUUAGAGUGUAAAGAGCUUUUACAAUGAUAUAUAAGAUCAUUUAUUUACAUAUAUUACUGGCUAAUAUUCCACACCAUUACUGUACAAAUAAAAUUCAAAAGAAAGCC